AUGAAACACGUACGCGGCGCGGCGGCCGCACCAGCAUCACAAUCUUAUGAUUGCCCUGUGCGUACUAUAAUCACAUCCUAUUGCGUAAUAAAGAACAAUGUUCUCGUUCUCCUCAGCACAUAUCUUCUCCUGAGUGGUUCUUCUAACAAAGGCACAAACAAGAUUCCGCCAACAAUUUAUACACCACCUCCUUCGGACAUGGAUUGGGUGAGGGCGGAAGAUGUGAUGCCCACAUUCACUGCCAUGGAAACAAAGCGAUUUUUCUCACUUAGCAGUCUUGAUUUCAAUAAUUACUAUAGCAAUGGUGAUCCCCGCCGAUGUCCUGAACGGAGCAUUCUUUUCAAGGCUAAUCGCGUUCUCGAGGCACGCCUUGACUACUUAUCUUCCCAAGGAGAAGAGGACGGCGUAUACAGAAACCAUCUUUUCGAGGUUUAUAAGAAGCUAGGACAUGUGGCAAUUCUUGCACAGGAUUGGGUCAAAGCUUUGUCGGCGUAUCAAGAGGCUUAUAGACUGCAACCGAAUGAGUACUGGCAGGAUCCCGGCGCAUAUUUUGGACUUGGUCUUGUCUACAUACAUUUCAAAGAAUAUAAGCUUGCUGCUGAUUCCUUUUCACGAUUGUUGUACACUCAUCCAAACCUCGACAUCAUUGUUGAAGUAAAAGCACGUCUAGGUGUUUGCUAUCAGAACCUCGGUGAUUUUCCUCGUGCUCUGAAGUUCUACAAUCAAGCGCUUUCUGAUUCAUCGGAGACUCCUUUUCUGUCGAAGACUCACAUUCGGUUCAACAUUGCACUGAGCAGCGAAAACGCCGGAGACCUCUCCAGGGCUGAAGAAGAAUAUAAAAACAUCCUAGGCGAGCUUGCGGAAUCACAGAGCCAUCAACAAGAUCGACAGUAUACUCAGGAACAGACUCGAUUAAUAGCAGCUGUAAACAGACAGCUAGGCUGGAUUUCGUAUCGUUUUAAUUACCCGGAACAUUCUGACGAACGAAUUCGCCGUCUUCGCGAAGCUGAGCAGUUUCUGCAGAAUUCGAGAGAGUUUGAACCUGUUAAUGGAAAAACCUAUUAUUACCUGGGAAGAUGUUAUGGAGAAACUUUAAAUAAAGCUCAUGAAGCGUUUCUAAACUACAGGCACUCUAUAGAUAAAAGUGAGGCUGACGCUGAUACAUGGUGUAGUAUAGGCGUUCUAUAUCACCAACAAAACCAACCAAUGGACGCUCUACAGGCCUUUGUCUGCGCAGUCGAGCUUGAUCCCGAACAUAGUGCCGCGUGGACGAAUCUGGGUGUGCUCUAUGAAGUGCAUGCACAAUUCAGCGACGCGCUAGAGUGUUUCCGGAAUGCAAUAAAGUUCAAUCCAGCUGCUCCGGAACCAUUGAAAGCUCGAAUCGUUGUUCUGGAGAAGGAACUUCACACAACCACUCACUUCCUAAAUGCCCGGACUGCGCCGGCUAACUCAUCGUUCCGGCUUCCCUGCUUGAAGGACGCCUGGGGUCAGCCCAUACCAUCUGAACUGAGAGUGAGGCAGGAGGAUUUUCUAAAGCAAAAACAGCAGCGAUACAGGGACGGUAGUGCAAUCUGGAAGAUGGGGGAGCUCGCAGCUCCCUUGGAUGGAGUUCAGAAGCAGUCAUCAGUGACGCCGUUAGAAAAUACACAGCUCCAAAUGAUGAAGUUACUGCAGAUGAAUAAGGAUAGGAUUAAUGAACAGGAAAAGAUGGUCCUUGAGCAGUUAGAGUUGCGAUAUCGAGAUAGUGUUAGUGGAUCUAUUGAGUCGUUGAUGUUCCCACGUCCCACAACGGGGUUACCAGUAUUUAAUGAGUCCGAUCUUGAUACGGUAAAACGAGGAGGUCACUUGAUGUUACCCAAGAAUUUGCCUGUGAAAGAAGAAGUGACGGAUGAGUUGUCUCUCAAACAAAGUCAUGAAACAACAGGAACGUUGGGCGAUUUGCCGCAUUCAUUCAGCCUUCUUGCUCCUCUACUUGUUCCACUCGACAUAUCUUCAACGGAGUUAAUGGAGAUGUGUUCGAAGCGGAUAGAUCGUCCUUCAGAAUUCCAAAGUCUGUUCUGUGAGAAAAUAUCUCCUCCUCAAGCACCGAGUGCGCCGGAACUCAAAUUGAGGUGUUCCUCCCCGCCUUCUAUGACGUCCCUUCUUCGCCCAACUCCUUUAGUGGUUGUUGAAUCAAGAAAAGAUGCACAAGCACCUGAGCUGCAAAGGUUCUGUGAAAGUGCUCCGAUUGCGCUUAUCAGAGGACUUACGGGAGUACUGAAAAUGGACUUGAGCUUGUUUUCCACUAAAACACUCUUGGAAGUUGCUCCAGAACACGAAGUGGAGGUUCGAACACAAUAUAAGAUGCCAUGCGAUGUCAAUGUCGAUCAUUUGGGUCAUCCUACUUGGGAAUGUAUGAGCACUCGGUCUUACACUACAGUCAUGAAAUAUGCUCAAUAUCAAGCCGAGACCUUCAAGCACUCGUUAAAAGAGGAAGCUGAAAAACUACGCUCCGCUGGAGCCAAAUACGCCCAGCAAGUCGCCGAAUCCACUGGAGUGAAAAGAAAACGAGGGAUAAACGGAGACGAAUGUGCUAUGCCUCUAAAGAUGUUGAAAUUCGGAACAAAUGUCGAUCUUUCGGAUGAUGUAAAGUGGAAGGCCCAAAUACAAGAACUUUCCAAAAUGCCUCCUUUUUGUCGCAUCAUCGCGGGUUGCAAUAUGCUUUCGCAUCUUGGACACACGGUUUUGGGAAUGAAUACUACACAACUAUACAUGAAGGUACCAGGAUCGCGCACUCCAGCUCAUCAAGAGAACAACUGUUUUGCUUCCAUAAAUAUCAAUGUCGGUCCUGGUGACUGUGAAUGGUUUGGAUGCCCAUAUGAGUACUGGGGCGUUAUCGAGCGAAUGUGCAGAGAGCGGAAUCUGGAUUUCCUGAAAGGUUCGUUCUGGCCAAACUUUGAAGACCUGAUCAGCGAGGGUGUUCCUGUCUACAGGUUCACUCAAAAAGCUGGCGAUCUUGUUUGGGUUGGUGGAGGUUGUGUGCAUUGGGUGCAAGCUACAGGAUGGUGCAACAACAUUGCGUGGAAUGUUGGACCGCUAACCGCUUCUCAGCUGCAGAUUUCUAUCUUCAGCUAUGAAUGGAACAAACUUCAGAAUUACAAGUCGCUGGUUCCAAUGCAGCAUCUUUGCUGGCAAUUGGCAAAGAAUAUCCGUUUUACGAAUCAAAAAGUCUUCACUUUGAUCAGAGGACAACUAAUUAGAUCUCUUGCUUUCUGCAAAUUGGUCGCUGACGUGGCCACGUCUCGUGGUAAACAGCUCAAGCCACAGCCUCGGGCAAAAGGGGAGAUCACGCACUACUGCACUCUGUGCGAGGUUGAAGUAUUCAACAUCUUAUUCGUGAAGGAAAUCAAUGGGAAGUUCCCCGUUUAUUGCGUAUAUUGUGCUAGAAGAGCAGGACUCGAUGAUUUUAUUGUUUUACAACAGAUGAGUUUUUUGGAUCUCACGAAGAUAUUCGAUAAUAUGCAGAUGAACUUAAUACAAAAGGCUGCGUUGGUUUGUUGAUGCAUAAAUUGCCUGCCCAAUUUUUUGAGAAUGUAUUUCUUUGGCUUUCUAAUUUCUUCUGUAGUCUGACCACUAAUGCUGCUGUAAAUAUUUGUGUCCACCUUGUCUUCGGCGGGUAUGCUGUGCUCGCCAGUAAUACGUAAUUAUCGUUCUCCGAUUCUUGCUUGAUAAUUUACUUCUGUAGGUGAUCUAACCUCACACGAUUCAGGUCCUUUUUUCCGCAAAGUCCUCAUCCUUUUAUUCAAGGCAUUCUAAGAUUUCAUCUUUUAUGUAUAAUUAUGUUAUGAUCUUCUAAAGAUUUCACUUUUGUCUGGGUAAAAUAAGUAAAAGUACUGUUAUAAAAAGUUACAAG